AUGCUUAGUCGCCAAAUCAGAGGGAUCGCCACCCGCCAGGCGCUCCGCCAGGCGCUGGCCAAGACGCCCGAGGCGCCCGCCGAGUUGGCCCAGGAGUCCCAUUUGCCCAAACACCCGCAACAGUUCAAAAAGCCCCCCAGACAGCCCAAAAAGCAGACGCCGUUAAGACCCCACGAGUUGGAAGACCCCAACUACAAGAUGAGCGGAUGGAAACAAAAAUUGGGUCAGGGGAUCAUCAAAGUGUUUGGCAUCGACAUGGACCGGCUGCGGGCAGGGCCGGUGGCGGGUUCGUGGUAUUUUGGCGAGUGCAAGAAGCAGGCGCUCGUGUACCCGGACGAGCCGAUGCUGGAGACGGCCAAGUUCUACUACGAGACGUUGGGCCUCCCCAAGUCGUUCAGUCAGUGGUUUCAGAUCACAGCGUUGCACUACUGGAUUUUGUCGGUGAGAAUGAGAGCGAUGCCCGCUAAGUACGGCAAGAACUACCAGCAGAAGCUUGUCGACCGUAUCUUCAAGGAUAUGGAGUUGAGAAUGUCUGAGGAGCUCAAGAUCAACUCCGGCCGCAUCAUCGAAAACUACCAGAAGGACUACCACGCCCAGUUGUUGGGGCUGGUGAUGCUGUAUGACGAAGGGCUUGCUACUGACGACAUCACGUUGGCGCAAGCGUUGUGGCGUAACAUUUUCAAUGGUGACCCUAACAUCGACAUGCGCCACUUAGAAGCUUUGGUGGGUUACGUCAGAGCCCAGCUUUACGUACUUUCGAAGAUGUCGGACCGUGAGUUUGGUUUCGGUAAGUUUUCGUUUGUCCCGCCCAAUGAGGUGGUGGUGCCGUUAACUCAGGCCCAGGAACUGGAGUUGAGAGCCAAGGCGAAGGAAGAAUUCGCCAAGAUGACGUUGCCGUCGCAGAAAUCGGUGUUGUCGUUGGACGAAUAG